GGCGGCUGUUGGGCCUGGAGCCGGGCGGAGACGGCGGAGCCUCAUUCCUCAGGAGCGAGGGUCGGGUGUCGAGGAGGCCUCCCCGCAGCCGCUCCCGCUCCCGCCCGCGGUGGGUGGGCCCGCGCGGCAGAGGCCGAGGCUGUCAGUGGGGCUCGGACGUGGCCGCGAAGGGAAGUGGGGCGUCCGCGCGGGGCGGUGGGCGUCUCGGGCCGGGGGAGGGCGAGGCUCCCCGGGAGGGGGCCCGCCUUUGAACUCCCGCAGCCGUUAGGUUGCUCCGCGCUCCCGAUGCGCGCGCAGCUCGGGCGGCGGCGGCGUGCGCAUGCGCGGGCCCCGGGCGGGCGGACCGCGCGCCCCCGGUGCGCGCUCGCGGCGCGGUGGUAGCGGCGGCGGCGGCGAGGGUGUCGGCGCACGCGCAGUGGGCCCCUCGGCGCGUCCGGGUCUCGCGGGCAUCUUGUUUUGGUCUCGCGGGCGAGUGGAGCGCGCCUGGUGUGUCGCGGGCGGGAGGCGGAGGCGCCCGGGCGCCCGGCGGAGCUGCGCGCGCGCCCCGGGGAGGGGAGGGCGGGCUGCAGGGGGCCUCCCCGCGCUCUCGCCUCGGCACCCCCCGCCUGGGAGGGGGGGGUUACCCGGGGAGAGGAGAUGAUCGAGAUGGCGGCGGAGAAGGAGCCCUUUCUGGUGCCGGCCCCGCCGCCGCCGCUCAAGGAGGAGUCGGGUGGAGGGGGCGGCCCCGAGGUGCGAGCGCACCGGGAGGCCGCCUCCGGGGAGCCCCGCGACGGGACGGGCCGCGGCCCGGGCCCGCGCGCGCACUCGGCCGGGGCCGCCGCCGGCGGAGGGGGCGGCCCCCAGGCGCAUGGGGAGCCCCACGGGCGAGCCGCCGCUCCUGCGGACGUGGGGGAGGAGCGACGGGGAGGGGGCGGGACGGACCUGGGUCCCCCGGCCGCUCCCCGACCCCGCAACGGCUACCAGCCCCACCGGCCCCCCGGGGGUGGCGGGGGCAAAAGGAGAAAUAGCUGUAACGUGGGGGGAGGGAGCGGCGGAGGCUUCAAGCAUCCGGCCUUCAAGAGGCGCCGGCGGGUGAAUUCGGACUGCGACUCGGUGUUGCCCUCCAAUUUCCUCCUGGGGGGCAACAUAUUCGAUCCACUGAACCUGAAUAGCCUCCUGGAUGAGGAAGUGAGCCGUGCGCUCAAUGCCGAGACCCCAAAGUCCUCCCCACUUCCGGCCAAGGGGCGAGACCCUGUGGAGAUCCUCAUCCCCAAAGAUAUCACUGACCCGCUCAGUCUCAACACUUGCACUGAUGAGGCCCACGUAGUGCUUGCCUCGCCACUCAAGAUAGGUCGCAAGCGCCACAGGCACCGCGGGGCGCACCACCAGCAGCAGCAGGCGUCUGGAGGGAACGACAGCCACGCCGUGCUGCCCGCAGACCCCCUCACCCCCUCGCUCCACGGGGAGGGUGCGCAGCAGCAGCAGCACAGGGGCCAGAGCCGCGAUGCCCCUCAACCCUAUGAACUCAACACAGCCAUCAACUGCAGGGAUGAAGUUGUGUCUCCCCUCCCGUCCGCCCUGCAGGGUUCCUCAGGCUCCCUUUCUGCCCCUCCAGCUCCCUCAGUUACCUCUGCGCCCUCAUCCUCCUCCCGGCAUCGCAAACGACGCAGGACUUCCAGCAAGUCGGAGGCAGGGGCUAGGGGUGGAAGCCAGGGUUCCAAGGAAAAAGGCAGAGGGAGUGGGGGAGGCCGCCCCCACCACCCGCCAGCAACUGCCUUCAAAAAGCAGCAGCAGAAGUUCCAGUAUGGGAAUUACUGCAAGUACUAUGGCUACCGCAAUCCUUCCUGCGAGGAUGUGCGCCUUAGGGUGUUGAAGCCCGAGUGGUUUCAGGGCCGGGACGUCCUAGAUCUGGGCUGCAACGUUGGCCAUCUAACCCUAAGUAUCGCCUGCAAGUGGGGCCCGGCCCGCAUGGUGGGGCUGGACAUCGACCCGCGGCUCAUCCACUCUGCCCGCCAGAACAUCCGGCACUACCUGUCCGAGGAGCUUCGCCUCCAAGCUCAGACUCCCGAGGGGGAGGAGGGGCCUACCACUGUCCGAAAAAGGAGCUGCUUCCCAGCCUCGCUGACAGCCAGCCGGGGCCCCAUCGCUGCACCCCAAGUGCCCUUGGAUGGAGCGGACACGUCUGUCUUCCCCAACAAUGUGGUCUUCGUCACGGGUAACUAUGUCCUGGACCGAGACGAGCUGGUGGAUGCCCAGAAACCUGAGUAUGAUGUGGUGCUGUGCCUCAGCCUCACCAAGUGGGUGCACCUCAACUGGGGUGACGAGGGGCUGAAGCGAAUGUUCCGCAGGAUCUACCGGCACCUGCGCCCGGGGGGUAUUCUGGUCCUGGAGCCCCAGCCGUGGUCCUCCUACUGCAGGAGAAAAUCUCUCACGGAAACAAUCUAUAAGAACUACUUUCGAAUCCAGCUGAAGCCAGAACAGUUCAGUUCCUACCUGACAUCCCCAGAGGUGGGCUUCUCCAGCUAUGAGCUCGUGGCCACACCAAGUAGCACCUCCAGAGGCUUCCAGCGUCCUGUGUACUUGUUCCACAAGGCUCGGUCCCCCAGCCACUAAGUGGCCUUCUGAGUGGAAGGUGUGAAGAGGCUGCCCUUGCUGCUCCUGAGGACCUGGGAGAAGAGGAAUUAUCCCAAGGUCUUUCCUGUCUAACUCCAAAAAGUUUCCUUUCUUGGACCUGUAAAGAGAGCUUUUCCUACGUUGCUUCCCCACGUCUCCUCCCUGACACCUCUGGCACCUGAUCAAGCCCAGCUGGGCUGGAAUUACAUCAGCUUCUUCUGCCAGCCUGCUGGGCUGGGUGGCAUGGACUGUUUGCUGACUCUGUCCUCCCAGGGCAUGGGAAGGGGGAUGUCAAGUUCUCCAGGCCCUUCCUCCUGUCCCCGGAAGGAGAUUCCCGCUUCUCCUUGGCCUUUGUUCCUAGCAGCACUUAAGUGGACCAUGGAUGGACUGAGGGUGUUAAAGGGGGUUUUGGUAAGGAGACACACAGGUACUGUGAAAAUCCUUCCUUCUGCUGUCCCCCGGUGGGAGAGGGAGCUGGGUGUGGGAUGUGAGAACAGCACAAUAAACUUGAUAACUAGGGCAGUGGCCCCUGCA